CGUCAGUUGCAAAUAACAGCUUUCACGGUGGCGGAAAAAAAUCCGAGGAGUGAAGCUGUGUACGAUUUGGAGUGAAGUCUAAUAUCCGUCUUAAUCCUUCUGUUUUGGGGCAAUAAUGACCCCCAAAAUACGAAGAACAUAAACUACGCGCUUGACACUAUUUGUCGAUAUCUAAAUUACAGGUCUUCGCUCCCUAGAAAGAUACAAAUGGGAUGGUGAAAUUUGGAUCUCUACAGAAGGAACUGAAAUCAGGAAUUCUGGGGGAAGGUGGAGAGUGAAUUAAGGGGAUCAUAAACCAAUUAAGGAACUUGGAAUAUUUGCGGAGCUUACGUGGAGAAAAGGCAAAAAGCUGAACAUUCGGGGCAACCAACGUUAACAAGGUCCAAACGAAGAAUUAGACAUAACGUUAGCCCAUCGCGAAAUGGAACUGAGAGUGGGGAACCGAUACAGACUGGGCAGAAAAAUCGGAAGUGGCUCUUUCGGGGACAUCUAUUUAGGUACAGAUAUUUCAGUUGGAGAAGAGGUUGCCAUCAAGUUGGAAUGUGUAAAGACCAAACACCCCCAGCUCCACAUAGAGAGCAAGAUCUACAAGAUGAUGCAAGGAGGAGUGGGCAUUCCAACAAUAAAGUGGUGUGGAGCAGAAGGUGACUACAAUGUGAUGGUGAUGGAGCUUCUGGGUCCCAGCCUGGAGGAUCUCUUCAACUUUUGCUCCCGCAAGUUCAGUCUGAAGACAGUCUUGCUGCUCGCGGAUCAGAUGAUCAGUCGCAUUGAGUACAUUCACUCCAAGAACUUCAUACAUAGAGAUGUGAAGCCUGAUAACUUCCUGAUGGGGCUGGGCAAAAAGGGCAACCUGGUCUACAUUAUUGACUUUGGCCUGGCUAAAAAAUAUCGUGACGCCCGCACACACCAGCACAUCCCCUACCGCGAGAACAAGAAUCUGACUGGCACUGCACGCUACGCCUCAAUCAACACACAUCUGGGGAUUGAACAGUCAAGGCGUGAUGACCUGGAGUCCCUUGGCUACGUUCUCAUGUAUUUUAAUCUGGGCUCGCUGCCUUGGCAGGGCCUCAAGGCUGCCACCAAGAGGCAGAAGUAUGAACGGAUCAGUGAGAAGAAAAUGUCCACACCAAUUGAGGUGCUUUGCAAGGGAUACCCGUCUGAAUUUGCUACCUACCUAAAUUUUUGUCGCUCCUUGCGCUUUGAUGACAAGCCGGACUACUCAUACCUACGGCAGCUUUUCAGGAACCUGUUCCACAGACAGGGCUUCUCUUAUGACUAUGUAUUUGACUGGAACAUGCUCAAGUUUGGAGCCAACCGUGCAGCAGAGGAAGCAGAGAGAGAGCGCCGGGACCGGGAGGACAGGCUGAGACAUGGCAGGAACCCAGGGGCCAGAGGAAUACCAGCUGCAUCAGGACGGCCACGGGGAGCCCAAGAUGGAGCCCCACCCACCCCGCUGACACCCACCUCACACACAGCUUCCCCUCGACAAGCAUCUGGUAUGGAGCGUGAGCGAAAGGUCAGCAUGCGACUGCACCGCGGUGCUCCUGUCAAUGUGUCAUCCUCAGAUCUAACAGGACGGCAAGACACCUCCCGCAUGUCCACCUCACAGAAUAGCAUUCCCUACGAGCAUCAUGCCAAGUAGACGCUCGCCACGUCCUUGUGUGACGGCGGCAACACUGGAGCGUCGUCAUCAGCAGAAUCUGUUCCUAUUGGCUCGGUCUUUACAAAAGAGGGGCAUGCACCUCCUUUCAACAUGGACUCUUAUUGGCUAUUGAAGGCUGUGGACAGGACAUGGAAGCUCCUAUUGGGUCAAGUGAGGUGUCGAUCAAAAGGUCAGAGUGCAGUUGCCAUUUUGAUACCAAGAUGGGGCUAAUGUUUACAUGCCAAUGCAUUUUGACGGAGAUGUUGUUGUAUGUAUGUUGGAAGAUUAGGACAUCUGCCAGCUAAUUUGAUGCAACAGCCGUUAGUGGAUAUUUUUUAAUGUAAUAAUGUGUUUUGGACUAAAAAUUUUACUGGAUUGAAUCGACUGAACCUUUGCCAAUGUAACAACACCGUUUUUGUCAGGGUUGCAUCAGUCAUGGUCAUCAGUAAUAUGAGGCUUCAUAG